CCCAGGACCCUGCAUCCACUAUAUCUGGUCUCCCAGGACCCUGCAUCCACUAUAUCUGGUCUCCCAGGACCCUGCAUCCACUAUAUCUGGUCUCCCAGGACCCUGCAUUCACAAUAUCUGGUCUCCCAGGACCCUCCAUCCACAAUAUCUGGUCUCCCAGGACCCUGCAUUCACUAUAUCUGGUCUCCCAGGACCCUGCAUUCACUAUAUCUGGUCUCCCAGGACCCUGCAUUCACUUUAUCUGGUCUCCCCGGACCCUGCAUCCACUUUAUCUGGUCUCUCCCCUGCAUCCACUAUAUCUGGUCUCCAGGACCCUGCAUCCACUAUAUCUGCUCUCCCAGGACCCUGCAUCCACUAUAUCUGCUCUCCCAGGACCCUGCAUCCACUAUAUCUGGUCUCCCAGGACCCUGCAUUCACUAUAUCUGGUCUCCCCGGACCCUGCAUCCACUAUAUCUGGUCUCCCACAGACCCUGCAUUCACGAUAUCUGGUCUCCCACAGUACACACAACAUGGGAAUUCAAUUAUUUUAGUAAAUAUAAACUGGUAAAUACCUUUUCUCAUCAGCAGUAUAUAGUGGUCUUGUGA